AUGAAUGUAGCAGCAGGGGAGAGGGCAAAAAAGACGAAAACAAAGAGCGAAAAGAAUGAUCAUUGUUUUCGUCGUCGUCUUUAUCGUCAUCAUCCGUUGUUGGAGUACGCGAGAGGACGGAAGAAAAGAUUAGGCGAUGCUCAUUUUCAUUUUCAUCAUCAUUCCCUUUUGGAGAAGAAAUUGAAUGAAUUUUUGCAUCCGUACGAGACGUUAGGGAUCGAUGCAAACGCGAUCACGGCGAAAUACGCCGGGGAGAUGUUUUUGAAUUAUUGUUUAUCUUCUGCUACUUCUUCUUCUUCGCUUUGUUGUUGUUGUUAUUGUUGUUCUCAGGAGGGGGGGAAAAGACUCGAGGACGAAGAAGACGGUUUUAGGGGAGAAUUGGAUUGUUUCUUGGGUGCCAACUUUUGUCAGGAGAAGGAGAAGGAGAAGAAGAAGAGGAGGAAAAGCAGCGACGUGAUCGUGAUACUCUCGAACAACAACGACGAGAAGACGGGUAAUGGUGAUACUACUCUCAGAGGAAGAAGAAGUGUCAGUCAAAACACGACGAUUGAAAUACUAUCAUCAUUGGAAACAGAUUCGCAGAAGAAGCGUCUUCGAGUCGACGAUUCAGACGACGAUGACGACGCGAAAGCAUUUUGGAACAGGCGGAUUUUAACGACUCCACCGAUGUCUCCCAUAAAAAAACACCCGGUGCUUUUUUCUUCAAACGUCAACACUCCGGAGAAAGCGAGCGAAUCGAAAUCGAAUGCAGUCGUUAACAAGAACGACGCCGACACCAUUCGUCGCGGCCCGACGAAGCAUACUCAAAACAGAAUCCCACAAAAGACGACGACGACGAAAGUAAAAAUAACAAAACGCCAAAGGCUUAAACUCCAACAAAAACAGGAAGAAACCGAUCGCGCUCGAUUGGAUUUACUCGCCAUCGCGCGCAAAGAGGAAAAAAAAGCGGACGAUUUUGCUCGAAAGUCUCGAGUCAAUUGCAUCAAAUCCAAACGUCUCGCGAAAAAGAAAUGGUCGAUAUACGAUUCGCAGAGAAGACGUAAACGAAGUCUCGACGCCAUCCUCGCGACGUCAAAUACGUUGUUGUUCUCAUGA